AUGCACUCUAUACGCAAAGAUCCAGACCAUGAAAUGCAUCGAGAUCUCGCGAAAUAUGGCGAAAUGACUACUUUGCAUCUCGGGUCUAAAACGUGGAUUCUGCUCAACAGUCAACGCGUCGUGAGUGAGAUCAUUGCUAAGAAAGGAUCUCUUACCAACGGUUGCUCCCCAAUGCCUGUUGCUAGUGGUAUAGUCAGCCGUUAUGGUCGCUCACUACUAUUGCCGCCUAGCGGAUGGACUGAAAAGCGCCGCGUUAUGCAUUCUCUCCUUAGUGGCACAGCACUACGGCAGUACGCUGCGUGGCAAGAACUCGAGAGUACACAGCUUUUGGCUGAGUAUCUAUUUCAGCCCGAACUAUGGUAUCGACACCACUACAGAUAUGCCAAUUCCGUUGUUCAUCGUAUCGUUCUUGGUGGGCGGCUAGUCAAGACAGGCAAGGAGCUAGCGGACCUUCAAGAUGUUGUGACCCAUUCCAUUGGCAGCAUUGGCUCAAGCAUGGUAGACUGGUUUCCAGAACUAGAGUCGCUGUCAAAGUUUCUUCAUCUGUGGCGUGCUCAUUGGGAAAAGCUAGCUGUAUGGAACUACAAUUUAUACCGGUCAUGGUGGGUACCAGUACGCGAGCAAAUCAAUGCGGGGAUUGCGCCGCCUUCAUUCGUUCGGGAUGUUCUUCUGCAUGAUGACACAAAAUUCACUGGUGAUGAUCAAGAAGCUAUGUACGUUGCGAUGCAGAUCAUUGAGGCUGGAAGUGACACUACUCGCGAGGCUCUCAACAUAUUUGCGAUGGCCUCUCUCUAUCACCCAGAUGUCAUGACUGAUAUGGAUAAAAUGCCCUAUAUAUGUGCAAGCAUCAAGGAGGUCCUGCGUUGGAGACCAAUUUUCCCAUUUACGCCUGAUCAUGUGCUCACCUCGGAUAUGGAAUUCGAAGGAUAUCACUUCCCAGCUGGUGUUGGUUUGGUAAUCAACGGUAUUGCAGUCUGCGAGGAAUGUGAGGAUCCGGACAUUUUCAACCCGGAGAGAUGGCUGGAUGGGCACGAAACUGACGCGGCGCACGGCUUAUGGCAAUUUGGAGGAGGACGGCAUAUUUGCGUUGGAUAUCGUCUCGCUCAAAGGGGCCUUUCCCUUAACAUCGCUUGCUUAGUGAUGUGCUACGAUUAUGCGGCGGCUGGUUCUUAUAACUCCCAUCGGCUUAACCAUCAUAGCACCGACGAACCAUUCCCUGUCAAAGUAACUGUGAGAAGUGAAGAGCAUGCUAAACUCAUUAAAGAAGAUGCGACUCGGAAUGGUGUCCUGGAGACUAAAUGGGGUCGCAGUGAGAUCUGA